GAAAGAACAAGAAGGACAGAAAGCACAGAGUGGCAGAAAUCUUAGCAGAGAACAGACGUAAGGUCUUUAAACUUCACACCAGACCUUGGAUGGGAACUAUAAAGAAGUUUCAAUGUGAACCUUCCUUUUACGCAGUCUAGAUCUUAGUAAACAUGACAUCAGUCUGGCUAUCAGUACUUGUUGUCCUGUGGAUACAUAUGAACGGCUUGCUAAAAGGGGCUAAAGCAUGUGGUGAGGUGAAAACAUCUUCUUCUGAGGUGCCUGUCGGCUCGUCCAUAUCAGCAUCCUGCCUCAUUAACAACGACUGCCCAUUGACUAAAGGCAAAAACUUUAGUGUGGAGUGGAAGAUUAACAACGAUUUGGUCCCCAGUAAUCUUUCCUACCUGGAGAGUAACGGGACAUAUACCGUAGUUAUUCCCCACAUUCCGGUUGCGAGGGCUGUCAUUACGUGCAGCGUUUGUGUAGAAGACAACUGCCAAGUAGUGGAUGGAAGCCUAGUCAAAGUGGCAUAUCCGCCUCCCAUCCCAACGAACCUGAGCUGUGUCCUAAAUGUAAACAAUCCGGCCAGAAUGCUGUGUCAAUGGGAUCCUGGUCAGAAAAUGGAAAACAUUGAUUUAAACUACACGCUUCACACCAAAAUAAGUGCAACUUCAAAAAGGUGUUCCUAUAUGCUACCUUCUGGGGUGCAUUCCUACUGGAUUCCUCGACAAAAUAUGUCGUUAUUUUCUGAAAUGGAGAUUUAUGUGGAGGUAAAAAACAGCUUCUGGAAUACCAGCUCUGCACGUCUGCUGUUGAUUCCAACGAAGACAGCAAAGUAUGGCCCUCCUGAGAUUCAGGGGAUUGAAAACAAUGAGCUUGGAUGUUUGGAGUACAGAUGGAGUCUCAUAGCGUCUCAGAACUGGUUUAUGUGUACCUUUGAUGUGGAGUUAAGUCUGAAAGAAGUUAACAAUCAGCUUGCAAAAGAGUUGGUUAUCUCCAAGAAAGCACGACAAGGAAGCACAAUAAAAGUGUGUGAUCUUCUUCACUGGACAAAUUACAGCACCAAAGUCCGAGUGAGGUAUUCCAAUCUAUGGAGUGAAUGGAGUGACCCAAAAGUAGCCACCACACUUGCAAGGGCUCCAAGUGGUCGUCUGGACACAUGGCUUAAAGUACCAGCUGAUGGUGGUGUUACUGCACAGCUGUACUGGAAGCCAUCACAACAAUUUCGUGCAAAUAGCGAGAAUCUCUCAUAUAUUAUCGAAUCAAAGAAGCCUAAGCAGACUUUGUGUGUUACAACUGAAGACCACUGCUUUUUCAAUAUCAGUAAGUGGGUUCAAAAGGUCUACCUGACAGCACGUAAUAGAUGCGGAAAGUCUACUCCUACUGAAGUGCCAGUGUAUCGUAAGAAAGCACUGGACCCUGUGUCGAAUCUAAGUGUGCAUUUCCAGUCUAACACAUCAGUGUUGUUAGUAUGGGAAAGCUUGGUGUCCUCUCGUGUCAUGGGAUACGUGCUGGAGUGGAGAUCUCUCACCGAGUCACCAAAACUCUUCUUUACACUGCUGACAAAAAAUGACUCAAGUACUGUAGUAACAGGGUUGGAGCCUUACAAGCCUUAUGAAAUCUCUAUUUAUCCCAAGUAUGUGGACGGUAUUGGACGUUCUCUUACUGUAAUAGCAUACACAAGUGAGACAGCACCAUCUGUCGCCCCAAAGCUGACAAUUAAAGAAAUUCAUUCUUCAAAUGUCCAACUUGUGUGGGAUGAAAUUCCACUUAAGCAGAGAAAUGGGAUCAUUCAGGGAUAUACCAUUUUCAUUUGGGAUGAAAAGAACCAUAUUGAAAUUAUAAAGACCAAGAUGACAAAGGUUUUGAUGAAAGAUGUUCAGCCUUUCUCCACAUAUAAUUUCCUUAUAUCAGUCCAUACCCUGGGUGGGACUUUAAACGGAACAGUUGUGACCCUCAAAACUAAACAAAUUGGCCAUAUUGAAAUUCUGCUCUUCGUGAUACCUGUGUGUGUUGGGUUUGCACUACUCAUCCUCAUUGCUGUGUUUGCCUGUCUCGGCAAACAUGAACGCUUGAAGAUGUGUUUGUGGCCUAUAAUUCCUGAUCCUGCCAACAGUAGUAUUAGGAGAUGGACCACAACAGAAUCAUUGCAGGGCAUGCCCCCAUUCAAAGAAGACAAGGACCCUGUGUUGGUGUAUCUAUCUCAUUUUAGUCUUCUGGAUCUUUCUGAUAAAGAGAUAUGCAACAGUGACUACGUUAAGGGCAACCUGUGGUCACAUGACAGCGGCAGCCGUGAUGAAGGUCACAACUUAUUCCAGACCCCCAGCAGUUAUGACUCACAGCAGGACACAGACUCUGUCCCUUACGCCACUGUUGUCUUCAGUGGUCCUUAUCAAAACCAGACGGGCUCUCCACCAACCUACCUACGCUCUGAGUCCACACAGCCUCUCUUAGGGAUGGAAGAAUCUGGUAGUCCUCCACCAUAUGAGAAUUUGUCAGAGAGUGUUUCUAAAGUAAACUACUUUACUACGUUUCGUCUGGAGCCCACUAAGAACGAAGUAAUUUGGGAGGAUUUUCCUAUGCUCAGAUCCUUAGAGAUCAGGAAUAGUAACCAAAUCUAAACUCAAAGUCAACGAAUGCAUCUUUACAGUUUAUGCUUGUUUUAUAAUGUUAAGCUUUAAUGUGUGUUUGGUUAUAUUUUAAAUGGAGUAUCAAUUUUUGAGUAUCAAGGUAUGAAUUUUAGUGUCAAAAGAAACAAACAGGAUCUCCAAAAAUUAUUUGGAUUCUUGUGUAUGUAUGUGUAUGAAUGCUGUUGGUUAAAAAAAGAAUAUUUCAACAAAAAAAUAUUUCAUUGUUUACAUAAGGACUUCUCUAUAUACUGUAUCAAUAUAUUAACAAUUUCA